GCGAACUAGGGUUUUGGGUGUAAAAGCGAAGGCCGCCUCAGCCGAGUCGUCUCUCUCUUCUGCUAGUCCCUCCACCCGCCACACAAACCCUAGCUUCUCAGCAGGCGUGUUCGGGGCUGUGCAAGAACAGAGACCCGACCUGCAAUCAUGGGUAUCUCUCGUGAUUCGAUGCACAAGAGGCGCGCCACCGGAGGCAAGAAGAAGGCCUGGAGGAAGAAGAGGAAGUAUGACCUUGGAAGGCAACCUGCCAGCACUAAGCUGUCGAGCAACAAGACUGUGAGGAGGGUUAGAGUUAGGGGUGGCAAUGUGAAGUGGCGUGCUCUGAGGCUCGACACCGGAAAUUACUCAUGGGGAAGUGAGGCAGUGACCAGGAAGACUAGGAUUCUUGAUGUGGUGUACAAUGCAUCCAACAAUGAGCUGGUCCGUACCCAGACUCUGGUGAAGAGUGCAAUAGUCCAGGUUGAUGCAGCACCAUUCAAGCAGUGGUAUCUCCAGCACUAUGGUGUUGAUAUUGGCCGCAAGAAGAAAACUCAAGCUUCUGCCAAGAAAGAAGGAGAGGAGGCUGAAGCUCCUGUUGAGGAGGUGAAGAAGAGCGGCCACGUAUUGAGGAAGCUUGAGAAACGCCAGAAGGAACGCAAGCUUGACCAACAUAUUGAGGAGCAAUUUAGCAGUGGCCGUUUGUUAGCGAGCAUCUCAUCCCGACCGGGUCAGUGUGGCCGUGCUGAUGGAUACAUCUUGGAGGGUAAGGAGCUGGAAUUCUACAUGAAGAAGAUCCAGAGGAAGAAGGGCAAGGGAGCUGCUGCAUAAAUUUUUGUUUCUGCAAUACAGAGGACCCAAAUCUUCUAUGUCUUUUUAUUCCCCUGAACCCUAGUUUUAGUUUUUAUUUAAGUGUUUGCAUCAAAUCGAGGUUGUCAUCUUUUUAUUCCCUUGACGUGGAACAGUUAUUAGUGUAUUUGUCUUGAUCAAGUCAUAUUUCUUUUCUAA